AUGUGUCAUACCGAGUACUUGUCGACUCUGUAUGAAGCAGGGGGUUUGCUCGGGGCCCUGCAGUUCAUUGGAGAUCCUGCCGUCAGGAGAGUCCUCAGAGUGGACAACACAUCCACGGCCUGUACCGGGGGCUUCCGCACGUAUCUGCCGGGGUAUGGCCUAGCGGACCGCGGCCCUGAGAAGGCUCCGUACAGUGAGACCCCCCCCUCGUAUGGAUAUGAUCUGGAGCCUCGCAGCGACCCCCCCUCUCUCCCUGGCUCUCCCCCCUCCUCACCUCGACUCCGAUCAAAGAGCAGAAGCAGUCGAGACACCCAGUCCUCCGGCUCUCUGGAGUCCACGCUGUCGGUGGAGAUGGAUCAGGAGAAGGGGCUGGAGAUGAGGAAGUGGGUUCUGUCAGGAAUCCUGGCCAGUGAGGAGACAUAUCUGGGCCAUCUGGAGGCCCUACUGAUACCCAUGAAGCCUCUGAGAGCUGCAGCCACGACGUCCCAGCCGAUGCUGACCAUCCAGCAGAUAGAGACCAUCUUCUUCAAAGUGCCCGAGCUUCAUGAGAUCCACAAAGACUUCUUCGACGCGCUGCUGCCCCGCGUGCAGGACUGGAGCCACCAGCAUUGUGUGGGCGACCUCUUCCAGAAACUGGCGAGUCAGCUGGGAGUUUAUCGGGCCUUUGUGGAUAACUAUAAGGUCGCUGUGGAGACGGCGGACAAAUGCUGCCAGGCGAACGCUCAGUUUGCACAGAUAUCUGAGAAUCUCAAGGUCAAAAGCACAAAGGACUGCAAAGACCAGGCGGCUAAAAACUCACUGGAAAGUGAAACACACCGUCAGCUGCUGAGGGAUCGCUUCAUGGUGGAGCUGGUGGAGGGAUCCAGGAAGCUGCGUCACGUCUUCCUGUUCACGGACCUGCUGCUCUGCACCAAGCUGAAGAAGCAGGCCGCAGGCAAAGGGCAGCAGUACGACUGUAAGUGGUUCAUCCCGCUGGCCGACCUGACCUUCCAGAACAUCGAGGACUGCGAGUCCACGCCCGUCCCGCUGCUGCCGGAGGACGAGAUCGACGCCAUGAAGAUCAGAAUCUCACAGAUCAAGAACGACAUCCAGAGAGAGAAGAGGACCACCAAAGGAGUGAAGGUGAUGGAGCGCCUGAGGAAGAAGCUGUCGGAGCAGGAGUCUCUGCUGCUCCUCAUGUCGCCCACCAUGGCCUUCAGAGUGGCCAGCAGAAACGGAAAGGGUUUCAUGUUCCUCAUCUCCUCGGACUACGAGCGAGCCGAGUGGAGGGAGAUCGUCCGAGAGCAGCAGAAGAAGUGUUUUAAGAGCUUCUCCCUGACCUCUCUGGAGCUGCAGAUGCUCACCAACUCGUGUGUGAAGCUGCAGACGGUGCACUCCAUCCCAAUGACCAUGAAUAAAGAAGAUGAUGAAUCUUCCGGUUUGUACGGCUUCCUGAACGUCAUCGUGCACUCUGCAUCGGGGCUGAAACAGAGCUUGAGUGGUGCUGCUGCAGUCGGAUACGAUGGGUCUGCCGGGAGGAACUUCAAAGGGAAUGGUCCAGGUGGAAGGGUCUUUAUGGAUCUUUGGGAGUAG